GGUGUUGUAGGAUUUUAUAAGUUUGUAAUGUUUUAGAAGGCGAUAUUUCAUUUUUUAAUAGUAAUUUAGCAGAUUACAACUGUACUUAUCAAACGCUUUCUCUGAACAUUGAGUUUAUUACAAAACUUGUAUACUUAGACAGUGUUAACAAAAAGUAUCAUACCAAACAAACCAAACAUUUUAAACUAUUUUAACAUAAUAUUAUAUAAUACAAUAGUAUGGUGAUAGCUGACAUCAUGGAUGGAGUUGGAAGCUUAGAGGAACAAGCCCUGAAAAGGAAAGAGAGACUCAAAAACCUUAAACGUAAAAAUACCAAUGAAGAUAGUUCAAGUUCUAAGUCUGAUGCUAUACAGCUUCCUAAACCAAAAUUCAGAAGCUACAAGCCACAAGACGAAAGUCUACAAGAAGUAAAGUUAGCAGAUGCGGAGCCACCCGCUGUCGACGAACAAGUCAAGGAUCUCUUAGAGGCUGGUAAAGAAAAGGUGGUGCUACAAGACUUAGACAUAUCUAGCUUAGCUCCGAGGAAACCUGAUUGGGAUCUGAAGAGAGAUGUAGCGAAGAAGCUAGAGAAAUUAGAAAGGAGAACACAGAAAGCCAUCGCCGAGUUGAUAUGGGAGAGAUUAAAACAUGGAACAGAAGAAAACCUCGGAGCUAUAAUGACUAUGACUGAUAAUAAAGCUACGGAUGAUGAUUGAAAAUGUGUUUAAAUUUUGUGAGCAAGAUAGUUAAAUCCU